UCAUUAGCUGAGUUGGAGUAUAAGAGGAAGUACGACAACAUUGUAAGGCCAGUUCAUUGGGACUUUGCAGGAAAACGCGGCUUCCGGCGAGGAGAAGAAUGGUGUAGAUAUGUACCGGAGAGCGUCGUGGAGAAUGAAAAUUUAAAAUUACCUCGGGAUUAUGGCAACAAAACUGACCAUGAGGUUAGAUCAAGAAGACCCGAAUCGGCGCCAAUCACUCUCAAUACAAGGUAGUUUAUCGGAACUUUCUCGGAUUGUGGCGGCCAAAACACUUAAAUAUCUGUAUUGCUGACAGACAGUGAGGUUCAAACUUUCCUAGAAGGGGGAAAAAACCAAUAUACAAAAAGAAAAACCGAAAGUUAAGUAUUCAGUGGCUUUAGAGUUGGUACUUCUCGCGGCUGAGGAUGAAAACCGACAACUGGAAGAUUUGCCACAGGCCGAUUUUGGCCAUUUAGACUUCUUCUGUCGGUAAGGACAAAGUCAAUAAAUAAGAAUUUUGUAAAUUGAAAAUUACGAUCAUUGUUUUUUUGUAAUCAUGAUUCGACGCAUUUUUUCAUGUUAAGAGUUAGCGCCAACGCACUCUACGAUUGUUAUUUGGGGAUUGUCGAUUCAUUUAUUUUUAUUCAUUAAUGAAGUCGGCUUUUCUCGUCCGUAAAGGGCUAUUAUGUUUAUAUGAUAAACAAAAUAAUACAUGGUUGCUUGUAGAUAUGGAAUUUAUCUUCUCGUGUUCAACUCGACAUCUCACUCGUUCGCUGCGCUCACUCGUGAGCCAUCGAGUUAAACACUCGAAGAGAAAUUCCAUAUCUACGCGCGCCCAUGCAUUAUUCUCUAUUGAUCAAUCAGCCAAUAAACCCAGAUUGUAAACAAUCGAAUUACCGUGUCACAUUAUUGGGUUUGUGCUCGAAAUCCACAUUUUUAGUGGAUAUGUAAAUAAUUACAUUGACGGGGCUCUCUGAUUUAAAUGCGGAACUGGGCCCAGUUGUUCGAAGGCCGAUUGGUGCUAACCCAAGGUUAAAUUUUUAAUCCGGGUCUCUUUAUUCCAAAAUUCAAAAGCCUUGUUGGAUGAUUUUCUGUUUUCUUUAGGGCACCCAAUCAUCAAACUGUACACAAAGAGAGAUACACUGAAUUUUCUCUUAAAGCUAUCUCAACUGAAAUCAGAUUUGACACUAAUUCUGAGUUAUCUAAACCCGACCUUGAACAACCUGGUCCUGGUCUCUAAAUUGAGUUUAAGUGUUGCAUCGCAUCGAAAUCAAAGCUGGGCUAAGUGCGUGUAGUACAAUCCUCGGUUCAUUCACCCUUCCACGUGAAGAUUUGAAAAGUUUGGCGCAUUGAAUAGUUUUCAUCAGAAGUGUUUGUUCCAUGGCAUUCUGGUUUUGUUCCUUUCGUCAUUCUCUCUACGAGCUCUAAAAUCAACAGAAACCAUGCAUUGGAGAGAAUUUUGUGUCAUAUCACGAUAAAAAAUCUUAAGCUUUGUUAAGCUGACGAGUUUUUAGUCUCACAACCUGUUUGUUGGAUAAUGUAAUGAUAUUGAAAGGAGAAGUUACAUAUUAGUCAUUUAUUCCUGGGAGUUGAAGGGUGGUUCCCAGAUUUGUACCAAUAUUUGCUGUCAUGCUUUGCAGCUAGACCCUCUCACUAAAAAUUAAUUUCUCUACUUUACGGAAGUUUCACCUUAAGGUUAGUGUAAAAUUUGCCAUCUUCUACAAGACAAUUGCAAAACCUCCCAGAUCGAUUUUGUAUGUGUUAAACAGACCAUUAAAUACAGUUUAAUUUGUGGAUAUUUCGUGGCUGUACUUCUAAAGCCUUGCAUGUCUGACGUAUUCCUACAAACUCUAGUAACGCAACUAAGUUGUUUGAUUCUCGGGUAAGACACACCUGUCGAUAAUAAAGUGUUUGUUUUCUUUAUGCUUAAUGCACUGUGGGCACUCAGCACAAGUUAAAAAAGAUAUGAGGAGAACAGGGUGUGAUUUCCAAGUUAUAAGACUUAUUACUUGGCGAUAUGAUUAUCGUUACAUCUUGCAGAAAAAGGAAAAUAACUGAAAUAUGAGAACAUCUCCGGGAAGACUUGUCCUGACCAACCACGAACCAACUCUACUUUUCUCUAAGUGCCUUAUAGCAAGAUUUUCCCUUGUCAAACUAUGGUACCAUACAAUUUUUUGGAAUAUCGGUAGGACAUAUUAUGUCUUAAGCAGUCAACCUGAACAGACUUUUAGCGAAAACCACAAAGAUAACGGGAAACCUGAUUAGCAGGGCGCCAUUAGCAAUUCUUGGUGAUUACGGUGGUAAAAACUCGUGGAAAUCAGACUGUCUCACUGCCGAAUAAGAGAUUUGAAAGGCGUUAUUUAUGUUUCAGGUUCGGAUUGCACAAACGUGUGUUGGGUGAAAAAAGGAUGCAGCUAUCUCAAACCAGCAGCAUGUUUCAGCUAGCCUCUCGAACUGGUUGACUAUGUUGACGACUUUGAUGAUCCAGAUAAAUUGAAUCUUCACCCCAACACUGGAUGUCACAGCGGUAACGUAAAAAUCCUGAACACUCGAUUAAACAAGGCCUCAGCCUCCUGCAAUCUGCAGUGCUUCCGCAUAAAGAAGCCUGGGAAGUAA